GUCAUAGAAUCCGAAUCAACUAAAACGCGCGAAUCCUUUUCAGUUUUCACUUUCCUUCCUUUCCCCACCACUAACUACGUGCUGAGACAUUUUUCUUCCGCUAUAAAUAUGCAAAUCUGCUUCACUUUCUUCCAUAUCCUAUCCUACUUUUUAUCUCUCCCUUUCUCGCUCUGAAUCGAAGAAAAGUAAUCUACUCCCUACAAACCCAUUAGUACUCAGGAUGGCAACUGUGGGUGACAUCCGUGAAUCUCAGGGCUCUCAGAACAGCCUUGAUAUCGAUGCCCUCGCUCGAUUUGCUGUUGAAGAUCAUAACAAAAAACAGAACGCUCUGUUGGAAUUCCAGAAGGUAGUAAAUACAAAAGAGCAGGUGGUUGCCGGGACAAUGUAUUACAUUACUGUGGAGGUGAAAGAUGGCGAUAAGAAGAAAGCUUACGAGGCAAAAGUUUGGGUGAAGCCUUGGAUGGAUUUCAAGGAAGUCCAGGAAUUUAAGCUUAUUGGUGAUGUCUAAAGUUCUUUAAACUGGCUUAGUACAAAAUAAUGCCCAUCAGGAGCUUAUAUCUAUCUCAGUUGGAAAACACUUGAACCACAUUCGAACCUCCUACACAGUCGUUGAUGGUGGUUUCAGAUGCUGUUAUGUUACUACUUACUACCGUGUGUUAUCUUAGUUGGAAAUGGCGUUAAAUUAUGCUAAUAUAAUUUUGCAUCAGAUUGCCCGGAACUUGAGUAUUGCAUAUGCUAGGUUUUAUGGAUUUUGUACUUCUGUUUUUCUCACUCUGAUCAUCACAAGGCACAAUCUGAUUAGUUUAAAGUUGUGUCUUUUAAUUAGGAUUGGAGGGAUUACUAAUGAAACUUUUGUUGGAAAACAUUAAAAAAAAAAAAAGAAAAAAGAAGAAUCUUGUCAAAUUUCACCAUUGUAGAAUCAAUUCCAAAUAGAAGUUUGAGGGCUCUUCAGCCAGCCUAAACUUGUUAAACUAUGUAAAAUGAUCACAGGUCCAUUAAACUUGUGAAACUACAUAAAAUAAUCAGAAGUAUAGUAUGGAGGAUUAGAACUAUAGGUGUGGAUGGCCAUUAUGGUAAAGUUGGGAUGGAUUCCUGGGAUGGAUUUUCAAUCUAACUCCUGGAAUUGGAGAUGAGGAAACUGUCCUGGUCCAGCGAAUCAGGUAUAUCCCACAGCAAAGAACGAAACCUAAAUUAGUAGAGACCAUGUCGGAUGAGAAGAGUACUCCUCCACCUUUCUCCGGUGCCAUAAUGAAUCGCAGAAAUUUUUAUAUAUCCUCAAUACUUCUAUCUCUUAUUUACUCCAUGGCUUAUCUUUCUUUUCUUUUCUUUUCUUUUUUUUUUUUUUUUUCUCGAGAACCAUUUUCAAAGCCAUUGCUUCUUAAGAGUUUGUCAAUUCAAGACAGCUUAUUGUUGUAAAAUUUGUUUUGAGCCACAUCAUGAACCAAUUUCCCUUUUUAUUAAUGGCGUUGUUUCCUUUCAUCAUCAAUUCUUUUGUUUAGUAGUAUUUCGUGCGAGUCCUGGCCAGAAACUAUGAUUUUUGGGUAACACAAUUAUAGUCCUUAAUGAAAAAUAUAUCACUUCUAUUAAUUUCACCUAAACCAAAUUUUUUUUUUUUUUCACCUUUCUGCCCCUCUCUUAACGUCACCAGUCUCACUUCUCAUUACUAUUUCAAUUUCUCCAAAUCAGUUUUAAUCAAUUAAAAUAGAAGGGAAAGGAACCUAAAACCUAUCUGAGGGGCUAGACUAGAAGAAGGUAGCGGGAAGAGAAAAGGGAUUAAAGAAAGGGAGGAAGAAUUAAGGUAAUUGGGUUUUAGCUUAUAAUUCUUGUAAUUAUUGUUGGCUUGUAUUUCAGUUUGGUUUAUUGAGGUGGUGUUAGAAGUAGUGGAUUGAAAUGGGGAGCUACCGGGUGUCCCGUUAGUUUAAUCUAGCUGCCUGUUUGAUAUUUACUGUCAUUGAUCAUUUCCAACCGACUCAAAUGUAAUAGAUUGGUUUGGAAUUGAGGUCUAUGGCCAGAAAACAGAGGGGAAACAAAGAUGGUUGUUUGCUGUUACUAUUGUUUUGUUUUUCAAUGAUAAUGAUUUGUCAAACAUACUAUUCGUGUUGAGUUGUUAAUCGUCGUGUCAUCAGAUUCUCUAGUCCAAUUUGGUUGAAUUAAGUGCUAUAGGUGAAGGGUAGUGGUGAUGAAGAUAUCUCCUUUAAAAUUAAAGGAAAAAAAACAGAAUAGAUACUGUGAUGAUGAUGUUUCUGUUUUCUUGUUGGUCAUGACUCUGCUGUUGUUUGUUAAAUUUUGGUGCUGUGGGGACGGGAGAGAAAAUGGUCUGAUUAGAUUUUAGGGAAUAGAAAAGAGAGGGAGCAGAGGAGCUU